AUGUCUACUAACUUUGAAAAACACUACACGAAGAUUAUUGAUGACAACAACUUGGAACAAUUAAGAGACAUCUUAGUCUCUAAGGAUUCCAAGUUAUCCAACAGAUUUAGAGCUUUAUUUAACUUGAAGACUACUGCUGAAAACUUCAAGGAAGACAAGGAACGUGCCAACAAAGCUGUUGAAUACAUGCAUGAAACUUUUGGUGACGACUCCGAAUUAUUAAAGCAUGAAGUUGCUUAUGUUUUAGGUCAAACCAAGAACUUAUAUGCUGCUCCUUUCUUGAGAAAAGUUAUGUUAGACGCCAAUCAACAACCAAUGGUCAGACACGAAGCUGCUGAAGCCCUUGGUGCCCUUGGUGACAAGGAUUCCGUCGAAGAUUUACAAAAAUGUUUACAAAAUGACCCACAUCCAGCAGUCAUUCAAACUGCUGAGUUGGCUCUUGCUAGAAUCCAAUGGGAACAUUCUCCAGCUGCUGAAACUGAAAAGUUGCAACAAUCUCUAUACUCUUCUACUGACCCAGCUCCACCUCUAUCUUUGGAAAAAGAUUUCACCGUUGAACAAUUGAAAAACUUAUUAAACGAUCAAAACAAGCCAUUAUUUGACCGUUACAGAGCUAUGUUCAGAUUAAGAGACAUCGGUACCAGCGAAGCUGUAUCUGCUUUAGCUUCUGGUUUCAAUGACCCAAGUGCUCUUUUCAAACACGAAAUCGCCUAUGUUUUCGGUCAAAUGGGUAACCCAGCUGCUGUUCCAAGAUUAGUCGAAGUCUUAGGUAGAAUGGAAGAAGCUCCAAUGGUUAGACAUGAAGCUGCUGAAGCUCUUGGUGCCAUUGCUACCCCAGAUGUCGUCCCAGUCUUAAAACAUUACUUGAAUGAUCCAGUUGACGUUGUUAGAGAAUCUGCUAUCGUUGCAUUAGAUAUGUACGAGUAUGAAAACUCUAAUGACUUGGAAUACGCUCCAGAAGCCAACUAA